GCCCACACGCUAUCGAAGGGAAGCUGAGGAGCGAAGCAGAAACGCCAUUCAAUCUGCUCCUUGCUCCCACCUCGCCGACCGCCGCCGCCGCCGCCGUCCCAACGACCCAACCCUGCCGGGCUCUCGCCACGACUGCCUACAUGAGCUCCGCCGCCGCUGCGGCGCCACCGCCCAGGCGCACGCGCAGCCGCCUGCAGCCUUCUCUCUCCCGCAAGUCCGACGACCCCUCCACCAUCGCCGCCAACGGAAAUGGGAAGACCUCCCCCAAGCUCGCAUCCCCGAAACACCUCCCGAGGGAGAGGACGGUGAAGAAGCUGAGGCUGUCCAAGGCGCUGACGAUACCGGAGGGCACGACGGUGUACGACGCGUCCCGGCGGAUGGCCACGAGGCGGGUCGACGCCGUGCUGCUCACCGACGCCCAAGGCCUCCUAUCUGGCAUAGUCACCGACAAGGAUAUAUCCACAAGAGUGAUUGCAGAGGGGCUGCGAGUGGAACAAACCAUCAUGUCCAAGAUCAUGACACGGAAUCCUACUUAUGUCACGUCUGACUCACUUGCAAUUGAGGCAUUGCAGAAGAUGGUUCAAGGUAAAUUUAGACACCUUCCAGUUGUGGAAAAUGGUGAGGUAAUGGCUAUGCUGGACAUUGCAAAAUGCCUUUAUGAUGCUAUAGCAAGAUUGGAAAAGGCAGCUGAACAAGGGAGUGCAAUAGCAGCUGCUGUAGAGGGGGUUGAGCGUCAAUUGGGAGGCAAUUUUACAGCUCCUUAUGCCUUCAUAGAAACUCUAAGAGAGCGGAUGUUCAAACCUUCUCUGUCAACCAUUGUCACGGAGGGCACAAAGGUAGCAAUUGUUUCCCCUUCAGAUCCAGUGUAUGUGGCAACACAGCAAAUGCGUGAGUUUCGAGUUAAUUCAGUGGUUGUCACUACAGGGAACACGGUGCAGGGGAUCUUUACCUCAAAAGAUGUUCUUAUGCGUGUUGUGUCACAGAAUCUUUCUCCUGAAUUGACCCUAGUGGAAAAGGUGAUGACUGCAAACCCAGAUUGUGCUACGUUAGACACAACCAUUCUUGAUGCCCUACAUAUAAUGCAUGAUGGCAAAUUCUUGCACAUUCCAGUUCUUGACAGAGAGGGGCAGAUUGCUGCUUGCCUGGAUGUCCUCCAACUUACCCAUGCAGCCAUUCAAUUGGUUGAAGGAGGCAACGGGGCUGCUAAUGACGUGGCAAACUCAGUAAUGCAGAGGUUCUGGGACUCUGCGCUUGCUUUGGAGCCUCCCGAUGACGAGUUUGAUAGCCGUAGCGAAGCAUCCUUACUUAUGGCGUCAGAGGCUGGGGAUGGAAAGAGUAGUAUAUAUCCCCCUAUCAUUGGCAAUUCAUUUGCCUUUAAGCUUCAAGACCGAAAGGGGCGUGUGCAUAGAUUCACUUGUGGCUUGGAGAGCUUAGAUGAGCUCAUGUCUUCUGUACGGCAAAGAUUGAGUAUUGUUGAUGAAAAGGACAGCAUCCAACUCUUGUAUGAAGAUGAUGAGGGCGACAGAGUGCUACUGACAACAGAUACUGAUCUUUCUGGUGCAGUGCUCCAUGCAAAAUCAUCAGGGUUGAAGGUUUUGAAGCUGCAUAUUGACGACGAGUCAACUUCAAACAUAGAGACGGUAAAACCAUUACAGGAGCUAGCACCUCCCCGCAGAGGAGGGUUGUCUCCUGCUAAAGUUGGGCUCAUGGCUGGUGCAGUUGCUCUCAGUGGUGCGGCAGUCAUGGUGUACUUGAAACGAUCCAGGGUGUGAUUAGCACAUGAAUCAAAUUAUUUCACAAACCUGCAUUUCCAAGUUCCAACAGUGUACAUCCAUCCACUUUAGAACUUUAUGUUAUCCUAGUAGCGUCGCAUCAUACUAAGAAUUUAAAGAAUGGGGGACAAUCAAGGUUACACCUCAAGUUUCUUGGGUAGCUGAAGUUCUAACAUUGGGCAGAAGGAGCUGCCUAUCUUUGUUCCUCCACAUUUUGCAUGAAUAUCAGCGAUUUCAUGGCAAUGGUGGAGCACAUAAACAUUAGCGGAUAUCCUAGUUCAUACUUUUGCACUUGGUUGUAGAUAAACAGAGCGUGUAAAUUCAUCUGAGAGCAUAACAGUAAGUGGAUUAUUCUCUCUGGCUUCCAGUUACUGCACUGAGGAGCACAACACUAUCCUGUCUCUUUAUUCUCAUAAGCUAAGAUGAUCUGUGUUAGAUUAUUGUU